UAGCUGUCUGUGGCUGUCUGUGGUUGUAUGUGUGCUGUCUCUGCAGCUGUCUGUGGCUGUUUGUGGCUGGCUGUGGGUGUCUGUGUGCUGUCUGUGGGUGUCUUCAUGUUUUACUAUUACCCAUAACAAUUGGCACACCCAGUCAGAUGUUUAAUGUAAACUUCGAUACUGGUUCAUCUGAUCUUUGGGUACCAGGUACAACAUGUGGAUCCUCGUGCGGUGAGUCUACUAGUCACUGACAGCAUCAUCAUCACGGAAGAUAAUUUUUCUUUCUUUCUCUAUUUCUAUUUGAUACAGGUGGUAAUCAUAUAUUUAAUAGUUCAGCAUCAUCAACAUAUAAAGCAUGGAAUAAACUAUUUUAUAUCUCAUACGGUGAUGGUAGUAAUGCUAAUGGUACCUUUGCUAAUGAUACAGUUACAAUUGCUGGUAUAUCAGUUCAGCAGCAAUCGUUUGCUAUUGUAGCAACAGCACAUAAUUUUAAUGGGGAUCAAGCGGAUGGAUUAAUGGGUCUAGGAUAUCAGAAUAUUGCAGCUGGCCAAGAAAAUCCAGUUAUAUGGUCAAUGUACUUGGCCGGAGAAUUGACUCAACCGAUAUUUAGUUUUUGGUUUGGACCAAUAUCAACCGGUUCAGAUACAGGAGAACUGAUCUUAGGUGGCUAUGAUACAACGAAAUAUACGGGAGCUUUUACAUAUAGUCCAGUUAAGCUGAAGGGAUAUUGGGAAUUUGCAAUGGACAGUGUGAGUUUAUCGUUCUCGUCAGCAACCAUAACAACAAUUGCUACAUCGGUUAGCGCAAUUUUGGAUACUGGCACAACAAUGAUUGUUGUACCAACAACGUACGCAAAUGCAAUCAAUACGUUAGUAGGUGGUGCAUAUGAUACAACGAAUAAUCAAAGCGCCAUGUAG